GCCAAAUUCCAAAUCUGUUUACCUCUCACGGUCCCGGUGGCCUAUAUAAACCUGAUCUAUGCUUGACACACACACUCUCUCUCUCUCUCUCCUCUGGAAUCUAACUCUCAUCUUCGAUUUUCAAUCGAGAGUUCGAGACCUUGGAAUCAAAUUUUUUCUUCGAUCGAAAUCGAGAUUGACCUAAGAAACGACGAGACAUCAACCAAUGGCGACGCGGACGAAUCAGGAGACGCGGACGAAUCAGGCGGAUCAGGCGACGCGGAACGGAGAGGUGACUUACCAGAUAAAGGAGAUCAACUAUGGUGGUGAAAACAAGAUGAUCAUUCUCCCGAACGAGAACGGAUCGAGUCCUCUGAUCGCCAUAUGUAACCUUCUGAUCUUGAGAAAUGGCAUGGAUCUGACUCCUGAUCGUUGUGAAGUUACUCAACAGAGAUUGAUAGACCUUUUGGCCUUUCGACUCUUUAUGAUCGAAGACGACAAAGAAGAGCAUUUCGAGAACAAGGCACAGAAUAUAAUGGAUGCCAUGGAGCUCCUCCCACGCCUUGCUUAUGGAAUUGAUGUCAAUGUCAAAUUUAGGAGUAUUGAUGACUUCGAGCUUUCACCCGAGUUAACCAUCUUUGGUUUACUAAAGAUCCCUUUGUACCAUGGAUGGAUCUUUGAUCCUCAGUGGGUUACCUAA